GCUUUAUUCAAAGUUAAUUAUUUUCAUUAAAUUUGAUGAAAUUUUGGUUAUAGAUGCGUUAUUUAUUCUCUUAAGAGCAUAAUUCUGGAAGAGAUUACAGAGAUAAGUUUGUGUAUCCAUCGGCUUUUUCAUUUGAUUUCUUAUAAUUUUCUGGGAAACAUUGCGUUUUUAGUCAAUUUCUUGGGUUCUUCUUGCGAUCUAUUCUAGGGUGCUGCGACGAUUCAAGGGAGCUGAGGGAGGUUUCUAGGGUUUUGGAUUCAUUAAUGAAGCAGUGGGGUUGUCUUUUGGAGUUUUUGAUCUGUUAAGUAUCAUUAGAAAGUCGAAGUCUGGAGGAAUUCACCAAGUUUCGAAGUCCUGGGGGCUAAUCAGUCUCAUCACAGCCCGAUAGCGGCUCAGACGGGCUUCGGAUUCUGGUUUUUUCCCCGCCGUAAUGCUCGUCCAACUCACUAUCUUGCAUACCUUCCUCAGAUGGAUUUUGUAAGCAGGCACGCUUCUACUUCUGACCAUCAGUCCUCAUCUGGUGAUUCUUCUUCGACACCUCCACCUGCUGCUGAAGAACUCGAGUACUUGGCCAGGUAUAAGGUAGUAAAGCAUUCGUGGCGAGGGCGGUACAAAAGAAUUCUAUGCAUUUCUAAUGUUGCAAUCGUCACUUUGGACCCUUCAACGCUUUCUGUGACCAAUUCAUACGACGUUGCCAAUGACUACGAGGGCGCAAGCCCGAUCUUAGGACGAGAUGAAAAUUUGCAGGAGUUCACGAUCAGUGUCCGUACUGAUGGUCGUGGAAAAUUCAAGGGUAUUAAGUUUUCAUCUAAGUUUAGGGCAAGCAUUUUGACUGAACUGCAUCGGAUUAGAUGGAAUCGUAUUGGCUCUGUUGCAGAAUUUCCUGUGCUUCACCUUCGGCGGAAGACUUCGGAGUGGAUUCCUUUUAAAUUGAAAAUUACUGCUAUUGGAGUUGAAAUUUUUGAAGUACAAUCAGGAGAUCUCCGCUGGUGCUUGGAUUUUAGAGACAUGGGUUCCCCUGCCAUUAUUCUUUUGUCUGAUGGUUAUGGGAAGAGAAGUGUUGAUCAUGGUGGUUUUGUUCUUUGCCCUUUGUACGGCAGAAAAUCUAAAGCUUUUCAAGCUGCCCCAGGGGCAACAAACACUGUUAUUAUAUCAAAUCUGACUAAAACUGCAAAAUCCAUGGUUGGGUUGUCAAUAUCUGUUGAUAGUUCUCAGUCACUCAGCACUUCAGAGUACAUAAAAAAAAGAGCUAAAGAAGCAGUUGGAGCUGAAGAAACUCCUUGUGGAGAAUGGUCUGUGACGAGGUUGCGAUCUGCUGCUCAUGGUACUGUAAAUGUUUUGGGAUUUGCGGGAAUUGGACCCAAAGGAGGAUUUGGAGAGAAAGGGGAUGCUGUAUCUCGUCAACUAAUUCUUUCGAAGGCUUCACUUGUUGAAAGGCGUCCAGAGAAUUAUGAGGCUGUCAUUGUCCGUCCCUUAUCUGCAGUAAGUGCUCUUGUUCGAUUUGCUGAGGAGCCUCAGAUGUUUGCAAUUGAAUUCAAUGAUGGUUGUCCUACUCAUGUUUACGCAAGUACUUCUCGUGAUAGCUUACUUGCUGCAGUGCGGGAUGUUCUGCAAACCGAAAGUCAGUGUGCAGUCCCUGUAUUGCCGAGGUUGACUGUGUCUGGUCAUCGUAUUGAUCCUCCUUGUGGAAGAGUAUAUUUACAAAUGCAACAAUUACAUGGUGGAGUACAACGCUCCAUUGCCGACAUGGAAAGCACAUUAAUGUAUUUAAAACAUAUGGCUGCAGCUGCCAAAGAUGCUGUUGGUGAGGGUGGUUCUAUUCCUGGGUCUAGAGCUAAACUGUGGCGUAGAAUUAGGGAAUUCAAUGCAUGUAUUCCUUAUAGUGGAGUGCCUUCUAACAUUGAAGUACCUGAAGUGACUUUGAUGGCCUUAAUUACAAUGCUUCCAGCAACGCCAAAUCUGCCUCCAGAAUCACCGCCCCCACCGUCUCCAUCCCCUAAAGCUGCUGCAACAAUUAUUGGUUUUGUAGCAUGUCUACGCAGAUUAUUGGCAUCCAGAAGUGCUGCUUCACAUGUGAUGUCAUUCCCUGCUGCUGUUGGAAGAGUAAUGGGUCUUCUCAGAAAUGGUUCAGAGGGUGUAGCAGCUGAAGCAGCGGGACUUGUUGCUGUACUAAUUGGUGGUGGUCCUGGUGAUACAAAUAUAAUGGUGGAUACAAAAGGGGAGCGCCAUGCAACAUUUAUGCACACCAAGUCGGUCCUGUUUGCACAUCAGAAUUAUAUUACCAUCCUUGUCAACAGGUUGAAGCCUAUGUCAGUGUCUCCUUUAUUGUCAAUGUCUGUUGUGGAAGUGCUUGAGGCUAUGCUUUGUGAACCCAAUGGUGAAACUACUCAGUAUACCACCUUUGUUGAAUUAUUACGUCAAGUGGCUGGCUUGCGGCGUCGCUUGUUUGCACUUUUUGGACAUCCUGCUGAAAGUGUUAGAGAAACUGUAGCUGUGAUUAUGCGUACAAUUGCUGAAGAAGAUGCAAUUGCAGCAGAGUCUAUGCGUGAUGCUGCUUUGCGUGAUGGUGCGCUGUUAAGACACUUGUUGCAUGCAUUUUACCUUCCUGCAGGUGAGCGGCGUGAAGUUAGUCGACAGCUGGUAGCUCUAUGGGCAGAUUCUUAUCAACCUGCUCUUGAUUUGUUGUCAAGAGCUCUCCCUCCUGGGCUUGUUGCUUAUUUGCACACACGGACUGAUGGGAUUUUGGAUGAAGACGCACAAAACAUGCUUAAUCAAGAAGCACCUUUGACUAGGAGAAGACAGAGACGCAUACUUCAGCAGAGGAAAGGUCGGGCUAUGAGAAGCGUAGCUUCUGAGGAACCUGCUUUACCUUCUUUGAAUCAUGUAGAAGUUACUGACACAGCCACGCAGGUAAAUGCUGCUGCUUUUAGAGGACCAGACAACCACCAAAAAUUGUCUCAAGAUAUGAAUUCGGCACAGGUUCAACCCUUAUAUUCCUCCGCCACAGGAGGAAACUUUACUAGUGAAUCAUUUUCUCCUGGGGUCCCACAAACUGAGCAGUCAGAUACUGUUGCUUCUAUCGAUGCUUCGUUAGAAAGUCCAUCCAAGACAUUGGAUUCAAAUGCCUCAAAUUCAGUUGACUCUGAUCUUAAUAUGGUUAGUUCCCUGAAUUCUGGCCUCCCUGCCCCUGCUCAGGUUGUUGUGGAGAACACACCUGUUGGAUCUGGCAGGCUACUCUGUAACUGGCCUGAAUUUUGGCGAGCUUUUAGUCUAGACCAUAACCGUGCAGACUUGAUAUGGAAUGAACGGACGAGGCAAGAAUUAAGAGAAGCUUUGCAAGCUGAGGUUCAUAGGUUAGAUGUUGAGAAGGAGCGCACAGAAGAUAUUGUUCAUGGUGGUGCAACAACUAAAGAUUUGACUGGGCAAGAUUGUGUUCCUCAGAUAUCCUGGAACUACACGGAGUUCUCUGUUAGCUACCCGAGCUUAUUCAAAGAAGUUUGUGUUGGUCAGUAUUAUUUGCGUCUGCUUCUUGAGAGUGGCAGCAGUGGUAGGGCACAGGAUUUUCCUCUUCGUGAUCCAGUUGCAUUCUUUCGAGCACUGUAUCACCGGUUCUUGUGUGAUGCAGACAUAGGGCUUACAGUGGAUGGUGCUGUUCCUGAUGAGUUGGGCUCAUCUGAUGAUUGGUGUGAUAUGGGAAGGCUAGAUGGUUUUGGCGGAGGUGGAGGCUCUUCAGUUAGAGAGCUCUGUGCAAGAGCAAUGGCAAUCGUAUAUGAGCAGCAUUAUAAAACAAUUGGCCCAUUUGAUGGUACUGCUCACAUUUCAGUUUUGUUAGAUAGGACUGAUGAUCGAGCUUUGAGGAACCGUCUACUUCUUCUUCUAAAGGUGUUAAUGAAGGUUUUGUCAAAUGUAGCGGCUUGUGUAUUGGUCGGUGGAUGUGUACUAGCUGUGGAUCUUCUGACAGUAGCUCACGAAGCUUCUGAAAGAACCUCUAUUCCUUUGCAGUCUAAUUUGAUAGCUGCUACCGCUUUCAUGGAGCCACUAAAGGAAUGGAUAUUCAUUGACAAGGAUGGUGUACAAGUUGGACCAGUGGAAAAGGAUGUCAUCAGAAGGUUCUGGUCAAAGAAGACCAUUGAUUCGACAACUAAGUGCUGGGCUUCUGGCAUGCUUGAUUGGAAGAGAUUGCGUGAUAUUCGUGAACUUCGUUGGGCAUUGGCCACUCGUGUUCCUGUCCUCACUCCAUCUCAGGUGGGAGAUGCUUCAUUGUCCAUCUUACAUUGCAUGGUAUCUGCACAUUCUGAUCUGGAUGAUGCUGGAGAAAUAGUAACACCAACACCAAGAGUAAAACGGAUCUUGUCAAGUCCACGUUGCCUUCCACAUGUUGCACAGGCUAUACUUACUGGAGAGCCAAGUAUUGUUGAGAGGGCUGCUGCUUUACUGAAAGCCAUUGUUAUGAGGAAUCCAAAGGCAAUGAUGCGAUUAUACAGCACAGGUGCAUUUUACUUUGCUCUGGCAUAUCCUGGAUCUAAUCUCCUUUCAAUUGCACAACUCUUCUCUGUGACCCAUGUCCACCAAGCAUUCCAUGGUGGAGAAGAGGCAGCGCUUUCCUCCUCGCUACCUCUGGCGAAGCGUAGUGUGCUGGGUGGGCUUCUCCCGGAGUCCUUGUUGUAUGUGUUGGAGCGUAGUGGUCCUGCUGCAUUUGCAGCAGCAAUGGUUUCUGACUCUGAUACUCCAGAGAUUAUCUGGACACACAAAAUGCGAGCCGAACAUCUGAUACGUCAGGUUUUGCAGCAUCUUGGUGAUUUUCCCCAGAAACUGCCACAACAUUGCCAUUCGUUAUAUGAUUAUGCUCCUAUGCCACCUGUGACAUAUCCAGAGCUAAGGGAUGAAAUGUGGUGCCACCGAUAUUAUUUGAGAAACUUGUGUGAUGAGAUCCGUUUUCCAAAUUGGCCGAUUGUUGAACAUGUAGAAUUUUUACAGUCCUUGUUGGCAAUGUGGCGUGAAGAGCUAACAAGACGACCCAUGGAUCUUUCUGAAGAAGAAGCUUGCAAAAUACUGGAGAUAUCCUUGGAGGACGUAUCCAUUGAUGAUGCCGAUCGAAGCCAUCCUGUUGAAAUGGUUGAGGGGAUCACAAACACAUCUAAACAGAUUGAAAACAUUGAUGAGGAAAAACUCAAGCGACAAUACAGGAAACUUGCAAUGAGAUACCAUCCCGACAAGAAUCCUGAAGGAAGGGAGAAGUUUCUUGCUGUACAGAAAGCUUAUGAACGUUUGCAGGCUUCCAUACAAGGAUUGCAAGGUCCACAACUUUGGAGGUUACUGCUUUUGUUGAAGGGACAAUGUAUAUUAUACAGGCGAUACGGGGAUGUUUUGGAGCCUUUUAAAUAUGCUGGCUACCCAAUGCUGCUUAAUGCAGUCACUGUGGACAAAGAUGACAGCAACUUUCUUUCUUCUGAUAGAGCACCCCUUCUUGUUGCUGCCUCAGAACUAGUGUGGCUGACGUGUGCAUCUUCUUCAUUAAAUGGUGAAGAGCUUGUCAGGGAUGGUGGAAUACCACUUCUUGCUAAUCUUCUUUCCCGUUGCAUGUGUGUUGUCCAGCCAACUACUCCUGCAAGUGAACCAUCUGCUAUUAUUGUUACAAAUGUGAUGCAAACAUUUUCUGUCCUGAGUCAAUUUGAAAAUGCCAGAGUUGAGAUGCUUAAGUUCGGUGGAAUAGUUGAGAAUAUUGUGCACUGCACCGAACUUGAGCUUGUCCCUGCCGCUGUUGAUGCUGCACUUCAGACUGCUGCUCAUGUUUCUGUAUCGUCUGAAUUGCAGGAUGCUUUACUAAAAGCUGGUGUAUUAUGGUACCUUUUACCAUUGCUGCUCCAGUAUGACUCAACUGCUGAGGAGGCUGAUGUGACAGAAGCACACGGUGUUGGUGCUAUGGUGCAAAUUGCUAAAAACAUGCAUGCUAUCCGAGCAUCUCAUGCCCUCUCAAGGCUCAGCGGUUUGUGUGCUGAUGGAACUUUAACACCCUAUAAUAAGGCUGCAGCCGAUGCCCUUAGAGCUCUUCUGACUCCUAAACUUGCCUACAUGUUAAAAGAUCAGUUGCCCAAGGAUCUUUUGACCAGUUUAAACACAAACUUGGAGUCCCCGGAGAUUAUUUGGAAUUCUUCAACGCGAGCAGAACUUCUGAAAUUUGUGGACCAGCAGCGUGCUAGUCAGGGUCCUGAUGGUUCAUAUGACUUGAAGGAGUCUUGUGCUUUUACAUAUGAAGCUCUAUCAAAAGAACUCCAUGUUGGAGAUGUUUACCUGAGGGUGUAUAAUGAUCAACCUGAUUUUGAGAUAAGCGAACCAGAAGCUUUUUGUGUUGCACUCCUUGAUUUUAUGUCUGGCCUAGUGCACAAUCGAUAUGGUAAAGAUGGUGGUCAGACAAAAUCUGAUAGCAAUGAUGUAUCCAUCGAGUCAUCUGAACAUCAAAAUGGUACGGUUGAUGGAGCCGUUAAUGAACAGCAGUCUCUCGAUGAUACAGUUUCUGAUGCAGAAGUUGGUGGCAAAGAGGAUAUUGAACUUGUUAUGAACCUUCAAAUCGGGCUGACCUCUCUUCAGAAUUUGUUGACAAGCAACCCAAAUCUGGCUUCCAUAUUUUCUUCUAAUGAACAGCUAGUACCUCUUUUCGAAUGCUUUUCUCUUCCUGUUGCACCAGAAAGCAAUAUCUCUCAACUUUGCCUCAAUGUGCUUUCACUAUUGACCACAUAUGCUCCUUGCUUGGAAGCUAUGGUGGCAGAUAGGGAGAGUCUCCUCCUUUUGUUUCGAAUGCUGCAUUCCACCCCCACUUGCCGGGAAGGGGCUCUACAUGUACUUUAUGCCUUGGCAAGCACAGCUGAACUUGCAUGGGCCGCUGCCAAGCAUGGUGGUGUAGUUUACAUUCUUGAGCUUCUUUUACCUUUGCAAGAAGAAGUUCCUUUACAACAAAGGGCAGCGGCUGCCUCCUUGUUGGGUAAACUUGUUGGGCAACCAAUGCAUGGGCCCAGAGUGGCCAUAACACUAGCAAGAUUUCUUCCAGAUGGCCUAGUGUCUGCUAUCAGGGAUGGACCUGGUGAAGCUGUGGUUGCUGCCCUUGAGCAAACUACAGAAACACCAGAACUUGUAUGGACACCAGCAAUGGCAACUUCUUUGUCUGCACAGAUUGCAACAAUGGUAGCAGACCUUUACCGUGAACAGAUGAAAGGCCGUGUUGUUGAUUGGGAUGUACCUGAGCAAGCAUCUAGGCAACAAGAAAUGAGAGAUGAGCCACAGGUUGGGGGGAUUUAUGUAAGACUGUUCCUUAAAGACCCUAAGUUUCCCCUGAGAAAUCCAAAGAGAUUCUUGGAAGGACUUUUGGAUCAGUAUGUAUCCGCUAUUGCUGCUACACAUUAUGAUGUGCACGCUGUUGACCCUGAGCUCCCAUUACUUCUAUCAGCUGCACUGGUGUCUUUGUUACGAGUACACCCAGCACUUGCUGAUAAUGUUGGGUACCUUGGGUAUGUUCCCAAGCUCGUAGCUGCGAUGGCCUACGAAGGCAGGCGAGAAACAAUGGCUUCUGGGGAGGUGAAGAAUGGUGACCACGUGGAUCUGAUUUAUGAAAAUGAAGAUGGUCAAGUGUCUCCAAACACUCAAACUCCACAAGAACGUGUACGCCUUAGUUGUCUACGUGUACUGCAUCAACUUGCAGGUAGUACAACUUGUGCCGAAGCUAUGGCAGCAACAAGUGUAGGAACCCCUCAGGUUGUUCCAUUGCUAAUGAAAUCGAUUGGGUGGCAAGGUGGCAGUAUACUAGCUCUGGAGACACUAAAACGUGUUGUUGUUGCUGGCAAUCGAGCUAGGGAUGCACUUGUUGCACAAGGACUGAAGGUUGGUCUUGUUGAAGUACUUCUUGGUCUUCUUGAUUGGAGGGCUGGAGGAAGAAAUGGGCUGUGCUCCCAAAUGAAAUGGAAUGAAUCUGAAGCUUCUGUUGGAAGGGUGCUUGCAAUUGAGGUUUUGCAUGCAUUUGCCACCGAAGGAGCGCAUUGUACUAAAGUCCGCGAGAUAUUGAAUUCUUCUGAUGUUUGGAGUGCUUACAAGGACCAGAAGCAUGACCUUUUUCUUCCUUCGAAUGCUCAAUCUGCUGCUGCUGGAGUCGCAGGUCUUAUUGAGAAUUCUUCAUCCAGGUUCACUUAUGCCAUUACAGCUCCACCAUCACAACCAGCCAUUGUUAGACCCCCUGCUUCAAGCAUACCGACUCAAAUUGAAAGCGGGAAAUUGGGAUCGGCUACCAUCACAAAUCAUGAAGAAAGCCUUUUCUGAGCACCUGACAGUAUUGGGGCAUCAUCUCUAUAGCUAUUUGUAUAGUCUACUGUACAUUCUCAUCUUCUUUUAUAUUUCUUCUUCCCUAAUCUGUUGUCUUUAUAUUUUUCUUCCCUUAUAGGCUUCGGAUAGAAUGAAAAAAAAACAGGAGAAAGAGAAUACUUUGGUUCAUUCAUUUUCCCAUGUAAAGUGAACCUGAGAUGGCUUGUGUAUCAUAUGCAUAAAUUUUCCUAAAUAAAUGAAAUAGUUUUGGGUGAA